GUUCGUACGUACGUACGUACGUUCGUAAGGUUGUACGAUGAGAAAACGAGUUCUACGUAAUUUUAUGGGCAUUGUGGCCUUCACUACGAUACGAGUACUAAGUGUUAGAAGUACUAUUACUAAGCCACGCAACGUAGAAUCGGCUUUUUCUUUGUCUUCUCUCGUCCCCGUCGAACAGAAAGGCAACGACAACGGUGUUGUGCCGUACAACGCACUUGCCACACCACACGGAAUCAAUCACCACUGGGACAACCGGGACGGGAAAUCGAAGAAACCAGAGACACCGUCCGACCGCACAGCACAGCACAGCACAGCACUGCACUGCACGCUUCUGCCCCAGCCGUUGGCCAUCGAGAGCAAGCGGUCAGAUACCAAUCCAGCGGCCGAAAAAAACAGCCCGACGAGAACUGCCCCGACCAAGGACAACACACCAACCACGAUACGAUACGAUACGAUGCGUUGCGAUACGAUGCCACGCACCCACCCCGCCGCCCCUGCCCCCGGAUCGCCGCACCCUUUGCGGGUCCUGGCGGCGAUGGGACUCCUCGCGGUCGCGCAGCGGGCACACCCCGCGUCCGCCUUUUCGCCGUGCCCCGCGGCCGGCGGUGCCCGCCCGGGCUCCCUGCGAAUGGCCGACGCCCCAGCCGACACCACCUGGACGAACCUGGUCCCGGCCGACGAGUCCGCCCCGGUCCGAAAGACGGUCCUGGAGGAUGGCAAGGGGGGGCUCCCGAAAAAGGGCCAGACCGCCACCAUCCAAUACACCGGCCGCCUCGUCCUGGGCGGCGAUUCCGGUGGCCUGGCCGUGGCCUCCUGGACGCCCGGGGCCGUGGUGGACUGCUGGCUGGCCGAGCAACAGGGCCUCUCGGGGAUCCUGGAAGGGCCCUUUGCCGCGCAGGGGGUCGACGGGGCCUUUCUCCUGGACGGGGACCGCUUCACCGAGGACUUUCUGCUCGACCCCCUCGGCCUGGAGAACAAACUCCAGCGCAAGAAGGCGGUCAUGGCCGCCCGGAGGCUGCGCACUUCGCUGGAAGGCUACGAGGACGGGGCCGUCUUUGACUCCUCUUCCGACAAAGAGGGCGGGGUCUUUCGGGUGGCGGUCGGCGCCGGCAAGACGAUCAAGGCCGUGGAACUGCUGGUGGCCUCCAUGGCCGUGGGGGAGCGGGCCAGGGUCCGGUCCCGGUGCGACUACGGCUACGGGAGCGAGGGCUACCGGACGUCCAGGGGGGACGUGGUGGUCCCCCCCUUUUGCGGACUCGAGUUCGAGGUGGAACUCGUCUCCCUCGAGUAGUAGCUAGCAGAGGCAGCAGGAGCAGCAGCGCGGCAAUCACCGCGACGGAUUCCCGGUGCCACAGAGCGCACGCACGCACCACUCUCCCGGACCCCGCAAACAAAUCACCACAGUAGCAACCCCGUACGUAGUACCGUGCCCUAAACACUCUCUGCCCGUGCAUUGUGUCCUGCCGUUUGUCCCGCUUUUCUUGGAGCCAAUCCGAAGUAGAUGUACUCGUUGUCGUACUUGUACCGUAGCAUAGUGUAUCGGGGCGAGACCCGCCGUUCUGUUUUCGUUGCGAAUGUACGCAUGCUCCUUAGUGUCACAUAGAGGGAUGUUUACAUUAAAGAGUGAGGUUGAGCCUAUUGCUCACUCACUAUUUACUCGUGAUUUAGGUUGUACGUGUAUUCCUGGCUCACAUUCGUUGCCUCUACGGUUUACAGUUCGUGCGAGUACGAGAAAGUACGAGUACGAACAGAGAAUACUUCGUACUGUGUUGUACGUACUUACUCGUACUACGUACCAUACCAUACAGUGGAAGAGUACGUACCGUACGUACCAUCACAGACCACUACAGUACGGUACGGUAGUUCGUCAAUCCUCAAACCCAGGGGUUAUCAACAUCGGGAAUUCUCGAAUCAUUCUGUCACCACCCCGACUCCAAAAACAGAACUCUGCAUACCGGUAGGUAGGGUAGGUAGGCUAGGGUCAGGGUACCGUACUGAAGCUGUGAUCGCGAAACCUCCCAAAAAAGCGAACCUUGCCGGCCUUCAGAGGGUGGAAAAGGACUAAAGCCAAGCCAGAGCUAGAGCUAUUCCGGGAGACACACGCACACGCACAUACGCACACGCACACGAAAAACAGAACACAAACACACCGCCGCCACAAAGCACCACCGAUCGACCCGAAACCAUGGGAUCCUUCUGCUCCAAGACCCAAGACCACUACGCCUCCGGAAAGAACGUCCUGAUCACCGGCGCCAGCGGCGGGAUCGGCGCCGAGCUGGCCCGGAGGUUUGCGGCACAGGGGGCCUCCCUGGCCCUUCUGGCCAGGAGCCCGGAGAAGCUCUCGGCGGUGGCCCAGGAGUGCACGGACGCCGGGGCACCCAGAACGAAGAUCUUCCCGUGCGACCUGACGGACAACGGGGACCUCCGCAAGAACCUUUCCUGGGCCGUCGAGACCUUUGGGACCUUUGACGUCGUCGUCCUCAACGCUGGCCGGAGCAUGGGAUGCUACCUGGAGGAGAUCAGGGACCACGACCAGAUCGACUACCUGCUCAAGCUCAACACAAACGCUGUCAUCCACUGCGUCCACGCCCUUCUACCGGCGGUGCCCAAGACCAGCGACUCGAGGAUCGUCGUGAUCUCCUCCGUCUCGGGGAUCCUCCCGGUCCCGCUCCGGUCCGUCUACUGCGCCUCGAAGCACGCCCUGAGCGGCUUUUGCGGGGCACUCCGGAUCGAGCUCAAGGACACCUACGGGGAGCGGGGGGCGCCGGCGGUCCAGGUGAUCAACUUCCCGGAGGUCCGGGGGACGGACCUCAACACGGGCCGGAUGGACUUUGGGGCGGAGAAGCCCCCGGCCGAGUACUCAACCGCGGUCGGGACCAACCUCUUGACGGUCCAGAAGGCCUGCCAGAGGCUGCUGAAGCAGAUCGAGAAGGGGACCCGCGAGUGGGGGAAGACCCCCUUCCACCGGCUGAUUGGCCUCCUGCAGGUCUGCGCCGGGGGCCUCUCGGACAGGCUCAUCCUGCGGUACAUCCGGCGGACCCACUUUCGCCCCGGCGAGAAACCGGGGGGACCGAACGCGAAGGCCGCUGCGGGGGCCGUGGCACCGGCCAAGGAGGACUGAACCGGGCGGGCCCACGGACAAGAGGGAGCCGCCAAGCCGCCUUCCGUUCGAUUCGAUUCGAUUCGAUUCUUGGAACAGGUGAACAAAAGGUUGCCGCAACAAAACAAGAUCGUGUAUUGCGCUUCGAUUCGAUUCGUUUCGAUGCGUGCGAUGCUUUUCGCGGCUGCUUGGCAUUUCAAACUAAGCUGCGAAACAUAAAAUAAGAUGUACUGCAAGUA